UGGGCGGGCAUUGUGAAGCUGUAGCUGAGUGUUAGCAGGCUAACUAGAGAAAGAAAGCUAACUAACCGUGAGAGUGGAAGUGGAGCUAACCUUAAUGGAAACGCCAACUGUCAAAACAGCUAGCGGAGCAGAAAUAUCACUGCAGUGAUACUUGUGGUAGAUGACUUCAGGAAAAGAUUUAAUCAAAGAGCGUGUUUAUCAGAUGCCCGAGGAGCAUUUUGGAUACUACAUCGAUUGUCCCAUUUCAAAACGGAAACCAUUUCUUGGACAGAUAGUUCGUGCUAGCUAGCUAUAGCAAAGUGAAUCAACCAGGAGACCUUUUAUUGUCACCUAUAAACCCAAACUGAAUGUGUUGUCUGUCAUGAGUCCGGCCGGGUGUUCCCAUGUGAACGGUUAUAAGGUGGAUAAUUGGAAACAAAACCUCCGAGUCAUAUACCAAUGCUUUGUUUGGAGUGGUACUGCUGAGACGAGGAGACGCAAGGUGCUUCAGAGUGAUGCAGGAUGGACAGAGUUGGCCAAGUCGUGCAUCUGCCACAUGUGUGGCGCCCACCUGAACCGGCUCCACUCUUGUCUCUAUUGCGUCUUUUUCGGCUGUUUUACGAAGAAACACAUCCAUGAGCACGCCAAAAACAAGAGACACAACCUAGCGAUAGACUUAUUAUACGGUGGAAUAUAUUGUUUUGUGUGUCAAGACUACAUCUACGACAAAGACAUGGAGCAGAUUGCCAAAGAGGAACAGAGAAAAGCCUGGAAAUUGCAAGGCAUCGGGGAGAAAUACACGACAUGGGAGCCGACCAAGAGGGAGCUAGAAUUAUUACGACACAAUCCAAAGCGGCGGAAAAUCACUACGAACUGUACCAUAGGUUUACGCGGGUUAAUAAACCUGGGCAACACGUGUUUCAUGAACUGUAUUGUUCAGGCACUGACACACACACCGCUGCUGCGAGACUUCUUUCUCUCCGACAGACACAAGUGCGAGAUGCAAUCGAACUCCUGUCUGGUGUGUGAGAUGUCGCAGCUCUUUCAGGAGUUCUACUCGGGCCACCGUUCGCCCCACAUUCCCUUCCGGCUGCUGCACCUGGUGUGGACUCAUGCACGUCACCUCGCAGGCUACGAGCAGCAAGACGCCCACGAGUUCCUCAUCGCUGCGUUGGAUGUACUACACAGGCACUGCAAAGGAGACACCAUCAGAGACGACAACGGGAAGAAGGCCAACAAUCCCAACCACUGUAACUGCAUCAUUGACCAAAUCUUCACUGGGGGCCUGCAAUCGGACGUUACCUGUCAAGUUUGCCAUGGGGUGUCCACAACGAUAGAUCCAUUCUGGGACAUCAGUCUGGAUCUCCCGGGCUCGUCCACGCCUUUCUGGCCUCUCAGCCCUGGAGGGGAUGGCAGCACGGUGAACGGAGAGAGCCACCUGUCGGGGUCCACCACGCUCACAGACUGCCUACGCAGGUUUACGCGGCCCGAGCAUCUAGGAAGCAGUGCCAAAAUCAAGUGCGGCGGUUGCCAUAGUUACCAGGAGUCCACCAAACAGCUGACAAUGAAGAAGCUCCCCAUCGUAGCAUGUUUCCAUCUCAAACGGUUUGAGCACUCUGCUAAACUGCGGAGGAAGAUCACUACAUAUGUUUCCUUCCCUCUAGAGUUGGACAUGACGCCCUUCAUGGCAUCCAGUAAAGAGAGCAGAAUGAACGGGCAGUAUCAGCAGACGGUUGAUGUAUUAAACAACGACAAUAAGUAUUCCUUGUUUGCGGUGGUCAACCACCAAGGCACGUUAGAGAGUGGCCACUACACCAGCUUCAUCCGCCAGCACAAAGACCAGUGGUUCAAAUGUGAUGAUGCCAUUAUCACCAAGGCCAGCAUUAAGGACGUACUUGAUAGUGAAGGGUAUCUCUUAUUCUACCAUAAACAGUUCCUUGAGUAUGAGUAGUCCUUGCGACCACUGACCGCGAAGAACCACUGCUUCUAAUGACAGAGUCCAGGGACUGGGGACAGGAUGAGACACAAAAACACACAAACCUACCUGAAACUCUUUGACUACCAGUCUGCUCCUCCAGCUGUGGAGGACAAAAACUGAAAUAAAAAAAAAAAGACGUGUGAAAUCAUGCAACCUUACAAAAGAAAAAAAUCAAGCACUGAGCUACUUCUUGGCAUCUACUUGACAAAUGGAGAGGAGGAGAAGGAGGAUGAGGAGGAGGAGGAGGAGGUAGUCGUUGGUUCCAGGCUCGGGAAAAGGUGAAGAGGCCCCCCCCCUCCACACACACACACACACACCCUUCACUUUCUCUCUUUCUCCCUUCCCAUCCCGCUGCAGGGGCAGAGUCUGAGCCUGGCCGGCUGUCAUGUUGAUCGGGCACAUCUGGAUUUUUUUCUUACAGUAUUCUGACCGCCCUCCCCCCCCCCCUUAUUUCUCCAUUUCUCUCCCAUGGUGCUCUCGUUUCAACUGACCAAGCAUUUAACUUAGACAUCAUGGAGGACAGUUUGUUGUCAUAUGCAUACGGGACUGAAUGCAAAAAAAAAAAAUAAAAGAAUAAAAAGAAUAAAAUCAACGUAUUAUAUGAACUUUGCAAGAACAUUUUUAAAGGUAUGAUUAUGAUUCUUAUCAUUUGUGACUUUAGUUAUGAGAUACUGUAUGAAUCUAGUAUACAUCUAUUUUUUAAGAGCAAAGAAAACCUGGGAGAGCUUAGAGGCGCUGCCUUUGCCAGUUGCUGGGGAAGUGCUGCCAUGGAAACUAAGCAGAUUUGGACCUGAGUGUGCUCAUGUUCCAUUAUUUACUGUGUUGAUUGUUUUUAUUUUUAAGUCUGGUUGAGGGCAGGGAAUAUCUAUUUUUUUUAGCAACUCAUUGAAUUUUGUAUACUGUUCUUUUCAGUGUCUUUCUUUUUCUGUUUUCAGUACAGUCAUAUGUCCCUCGCUGUCCUGGUACUGGAAAUGUUUUUGGACGUAUUAUACUUUCAUUCUUGUGGAAUUGUUGGUAUAAUGAUGGUGGUGAUUAAAUUGGCUCACCUUUUGCUGUUUAUGAAUUGUAUGUUGAAUGUGAGCUUUGGGUUUUCGUACGACAUUCUGAAGAGAAGACUCCGACACAUGAACUCCAUAUGAGGUCCUUAUUGUAUGUGAGAAUGCUGUGGUCUCUCCUCAUUGAACACCUUGGAUGCUCUGUGCAAAAAAAAAAAAAAGAGAAAAAAAAAGCCUACUUAACAUCACUGCAUGCGACUGGGCUCUCAUGAUCUUAUAAAAAUGUGAAAAAUUUACCCUCAGUAAUGCCUCAAGGCCUGUUGCUCAUCAGGAUUUCUGUUCUUGUAUGGGGAAAAAAAAGAAUCAUGUGAAAUAUAUAAAGAGGCUAAGAGACAUUGCACGUGUAUGGGCACUGUGCGACCACAGCCCGGCUCUGAAUCCAUCAGUGUUAAUCUUCUCCAUGGCAACCGUGUGGCUGGUGCAGACUGGUGUGGUUCGUGGUGUGUCUCGCCUCUGCAGUGCAGUAAACCCAGUGCUCUAUUCAAUCAGUAUGCUGUCAAGUCAGACUUCAGAUAAUGCACAUACACGUCAGGGUGUUGUGGUCUGUUUUGUUUGAAUAUCACUGAUUGUGUAUGUAUAAGAAAAAGACAGAAUAAAAAAAAAAUGGAGUCAUGUAUACGAUGAGGGCUCUAACCUUUCACAAAGUAAUGCCACAUUUAAAAAAAAAAGAAAAACCCACAACCCCCUGGUUGUUAAGCUGCUCUGUAAUUGAAAACAAACAUGCAUAUCCUUUGGUCUGCUGCAUAACCUCAGCUGGACGGCAACGGCGGGUGUCUUGACCAGUAAAAUCAAAGACUUUUGAAUUGUUCGCACUUUGGUUUUGAUGUAUCAUGGAGCAGUUAAGGCCACCCAAGGACAUUCAGGGACGCAGCUGAAACGUAAAGGAAGAUGGAGAGCUUCAUUAUCAGUUUCAGUGAUUAAACUCAGAACAAAACUGGAA